GGGCGUGCCGGCGCUGCUGAACCCGGCGCCGGCCGUGGCGGCGCUGCCGGCCGACGCGCUGCGCGGGCUCGAGCACCUGGUGCUCAACGAGACCGAGGCCGCCGUCCUGGGCGGCGUGGCCGAGGCGGCGCUCGAGUCCGAGGCCGGGCUGCGCGCCGUGGCCGACGGCUUCGCGGCCAAGGGGGUGCGCAACGUCGUCGUCACGCUGGGCGGCCGCGGCGUCUACUUUCGCGACGGGGGCGGCAGCCACGCCGGCCUGGUGCCGGCCGAGAGGGGUGUCGUCGUCGUCGACACCACGGCCGCGGGCGACACCUUUGUCGGCAUGUACGCGCUCGCCGCCGUCGCCGCCUCGUCCCGCGGCGAGCCCUUGGACGUCGAGGCCGCUGUGCGCGCCGCCAACCGCGCCGCCGCCAGGACGGUCGAGAGGAAGGGCGCCCAGGACUCGAUCCCGUGGCGGGAUGAGCUGGUAUAGUUGGUUUGAGGACGGGAACGGUGGGAGGAGUAGCAAGAGAGAAAGAAAAAAAGAACACACGAAUGGGUUUCUUCAAAGACUCCGCUCCUCCAAGGUGAAUCAAUAAACAUCGCUACUACGUUAAGCCUAAGCCAAUAAAAAGAAUUUCUCCA